UAUCUUGACGUUGAUGGCAUUCCGCCCUAAGACGAUCCACUGGACGCAUUUUCUAGUCCUAAAUACGGUGCCGGGUCAAUGUAAAAGCAGUCGAUCGAGGUUCCAAAAUACAAAGCCGGGUCAAUGAAAAUGCAGUAGAUCACAGGUCCAAAAUACGAAGCCAGGUCAAUCACAGAAGCAGUCAGUAUCAGAGUCCAGGAACACGCAACAAUCGUAAUAAAAAAACCAGAAAAUAACACUCAGAAUAAACCAACACGUUAGAAAACGGAAAACGGUUUAAUUUAAAAGUAUGGUCGACUGUCAAUGUCAAUCGUCAGUGUUUCAAGUGGUUUCAAGUAGUGUGAUUAUUGUGAUUAACUAAGACGUCCUCAUAGAUAAAAAAGAAUUAAAAAUAAAUCAUAAAAUUAUUUAAUUACAAUAUUUGUUAAUAUUUCUAAUCACAAAACUUUUUUUAGAUUUGUUAUUAAAUCGAUGAAAUAUCGGUCUAAGGUGCAGUGACAUCUAGUGACUAAAACGAAGUACAAAUACCCAAGUUACGGGGCAUCCGUCACUAGAUGGCGCAUUUCUAAAAAAAAACCUCAGAAAAUUAUUGUACUUCAGUUGCAUCCCCAUGAUUGGGUCGUAUCGUGUUGUGCUUUGAAUACCUAUUCUCUGAUAUUACAGUUAGAAUCACAAUAAUAUCAUAAUCGUACGUACGAUACGAACAUGCUCCAAAGAGGGUUAAGGAUAGCCCUGGUCCAAAUGGCCGUGGGCAUGGACAAGAAGAAGAAUGUAGCAGCUGCAGUCCAACAGAUUCACAAAGCCAAAGAGAACGGUGCACAGCUAGUGGCAUUACCAGAGUGCUUUAAUGCCCCUUAUGGGACUAAAUACUUCAAAGAAUACGCCGAGACUGUGCCGGACGGGGAGACGUCGCUUGCCCUACAGGAGGCGGCGAGGUCCGCCGGCGUGUGCGUGGUGGGUGGCACGCUGCCGGAGCGAGCUGGCUGCUAUCUGUACAAUACUUGCACUGUAUGGGAUAACUGCGGGAACCUCGUCGCGCAGCAUAGGAAGGUGCACUUAUUCGACAUAGAUAUCCCCGGAAAGAUAACGUUCAAGGAGUCAGACGUGCUGUCGGCCGGAGACCACAUCACCACGUUUGAGUACCUCGGCGUCAAGAUAGGACUUGGGAUCUGUUACGAUCUGCGCUUCUUUGAGAUGGCGCAGAUCAUGUCUAAAGAAGGAUGUUCCGUCCUAAUAUACCCGGGAGCGUUCAACAUGACGACAGGUCCCCGACACUGGGAGCUGCUGGGCCGAGCCCGCGCUAACGACCUGCAGCUGUGGGUGGCCCUCGUGAGCCCCGCGCGGGACACGAAGGCGGAGUAUGUGGCGUGGGGACACUCCAUGCUGAUCGAUCCUUGGGGGAAAGUGGUGCAGGAGUUGGAUGAGAAGCCUGGGUUGUUGUGUGCUGAUAUUGAUCUGAGAAUGGUAGAAGAAGUAAGAAGUCAAAUCCCCGUGAGGAGUCAGAGAAGAACAGACAUAUACGAUACCAUCAGCACACACGAUGAGAACUGACAUUUAUGACACAUUCGGCCAUUAUAAGUCACGUCACAACCAAAGUUCACAAAAGAUUCUCGUCAAACCAUGUCAACUUCAGGUCAGUGGUAACAGUUUUAUAGGAAAAUCGUACUUAUUACUAUUGAGUUAAGGUGCAUGACAGUUACCACUGAUGUGCUGUCUACCGUACUUUACUUUUUGACAGAAUAAUAAUUUGUGCAAAAUUGUGUCUUAUUACAACGCUAAAAGAAUGAUGUUAGAAUGACAACGAGUAAAUUAUCAGUUGUGAAGUUUGUGAACCCUAUGUGGUGGAGUUAAGUUUCAUUUUCCAAUGGCAAUCUGUUAAAAGGGAAAUAAAUGGUUUGUAAAGGUAAGGGAAGUGGUAUGAAAAUGGUUUGGGUUCUUUUACACUGCCAGACUUAUAAACCUUUCUUACUCUUUAUUAUAAUUGAGAAAAUAACUCAUUCUGUACGUAUAUCACGCAUUUCUGAACCGAUUUAGAUGAUGUUUAAUCACAGCAUACGCAAUUUAUUUUAAGAGCAUGCAAUAAUCCCAAAGUACUUAUUAAUUUUUAAAUAUAUGCUGUCCAAGACACACCAUCGAAAAUGGUUUAAGGUAAAAUGUAUUUAAAUAAAAAGGGAACAAUUAGUACAAUUAAUAUUUUAUUGUAUUAAUAUAAGUUUAUUAUGUAUUUCUAUUUAAUAUAUUAAAUGUUACUAUUUUAUAUGUUGGUGUUACUGUAAUAUGUUUAUUAAAGUUUUGAAUUUCUGCAUAAA